AUGACGACGGACAGCGUGCUGUCGGUCGGGCUCGAGCCCGCGCCGGCGUACCUGCCGACGGGCUUCCCCUCGACGAUCGACGGGUACGAGGCGUUCCUGACGCUCAUCAUCGACGCGACGAAGGACAUCGUGCCGGCGUACAAAUUCAACCUCGCGUUCUUCGAGGCGCUGGGCUCGUCCGGGAUGGACCUGCUCCACCGCGUGCGGAUGAGCAUCCCCGAGGACGUGUUCGUGAUCGCGGACGCGAAGCGGGGCGACAUCGGCUCGACGGCCGAGCACUACGCGCGGGCGAUCUUCGACUACCUCAACGCGGACGCGGUGACGCUCAACCCGCUCAUGGGCCUGGACUCGGCGAUGCCGUUCCUGGUCUACGAGAACAAGCUGAACUACAUCCUCUGCCUCACGUCCAACCCCGGGUCGCGGGACUUCCUGGUCCCGAACGACCUGUAUCUGCGCAUCGCGCGGGCGGCGAGCGGGGACUGGAACAUGUACGGCAACACGGCGCUCGUCGUCGGGGCGACGAACGAGGGGCGCAUCGCGCAGAUCCGCGACGCGGCCCCGCGGGCCCAGUUCCUGAUGCCGGGCGUCGGCGCCCAGGGCGGCGAUUUGAAGCGGGCGGCGCGCGAGGCCCGCAUCACCGAGACCGACACCGAGGGCCCGGGCUUCCUGCUCCACGUGACGCGCGGGGUCCUGCCGAGCGAUACGGACACGGACGACCCGAUGAACGUCAUCCGCGCGAAAGUGCUCGAGCUCCAGAAGAAAGCGAACGAGAUCGACGAGUCGUUGCGUUCCUGCGGCGCGCUGAAGUCCGGCCAUUUCCUGCUCAGCUCGGGGCUGCACUCCGAUUCUUACUGCCAGUGCGCGGCGCUGUUCGAGCGGCCGCGCGUCGCGUCGAGGCUCGCGGAGAUCAUGGCGGGGAUGCUCGGGGGCGAGACCGAAGCGGACACCGUCCUCGCGCCGGCGCUGGGCGGGGUGCUGUGGGGCUACCAGCUCGCGCAGGCGAUGGGCCUGCGGACGAUCUUCGCGGAGCGCAAGACGGGCGAGCCCUUCGAGCUGCGGCGCGGGUUCACCCUCGCCCCGGGCGAGCGCGUGCUCCUCGCGGAGGACGUGAUCACCACCGGCAAGUCGGUCAGCGAGAUGGUCCCGCUCGUCGAGGCGGCGGGCGCCGAGGUCGUCGGCUACGCGACGGUCGCGGACCGGAGCAAGGGGGCGUUCGCCCCCGGGCCGCCGGUGUUCGCGCUCGUCGAACUCGACUUCGCGACGUACGAGGCGGAUGAUGUGCCCGAGUCGCUCGCGGCCAUCCCCAUCGAGAAGCCCGGGACGAGCACGGACGCGAUGUCGAUGAUCGAAGCCAAGCCGGGCGACACCCGCGCCACGGGCGUGCGCGCGGUGCUGGAACUCGAGGACGGGACGACGUACGAGGGCGUGAGCUUCGGCGCGGACGCGCCGUGCUCCGCCGAGAUCGUCUUCAACACGGGCAUGGUCGGGUACCCCGAGAUGCUGACCGACCCGUCGUACACCGGCGAGAUCAUCGUGAGCACGUACCCGAUGGUCGGGAACUACGGCGUGCCCGCGAUGGGCGAGGGGGCGCACGGCGUGCUCUCGCGGUUCGAGUCCGGGCGGAUCCACGCCGCGGGGCUCGUCGUGGCGCACUACUGCGACGAGCCGUCGCACUGGAACACGGAGCGGACGCUCGGGCAGUGGCUCCGCGACGAGGGGAUCCCGGGGAUCACCGGCAUCGACACGCGGGCGCUGACCAAGCGGCUCCGCGAGAAGGGCGCGAUGCUCGGCGUGAUGCGCUUCGAGGGGCGCGACGACGUCGAGAUGACCAACCCCUUCACGAACGACCUCGUCUCGCGCGUCACCAUCGACGAGCCGAAGCUCUACGGGAAGGGCGAGAAGCGGAUCGCGCUGAUCGACUGCGGCGCGAAGCUCAACAUCCUGCGGUCCCUGCUCUCGCGGGACGUCGAGGUCCUCCGCGUCCCGGCGGACUACGACCUGGCGGAGGAGACGAUCGACGGCGUCGUGAUCUCCAACGGCCCGGGCGACCCGGAGAUGGUCGAGGGCGCCGUGCCGGUGAUCCGGAAGCUCAUCGACAAGCAGACGCCCAUCUUCGGCAUCUGCAUGGGGCACCAGCUCCUCGCGCGGGCGAUCGGGAUGAGCACGUACAAGCUCAAGUACGGCCACCGCGGGCAGAACCAGCCCGUGAACGAGUGCGGCACGAACCGCUGCCUUGUCACCAGCCAGAACCACGGCUUCGCGGUGGACGACAACGACCUGCCGCAGGACUGGCGGGCGUGGUUCCGCAACCUGAACGAUCACACGAACGAGGGGCUGCGCCACAACUGGGCGCCGUUCCGCAGCGUGCAGUUCCACCCCGAGGCGACGCCCGGCCCGGUGGUGCUCAUCCUGGGGUCGUCGGCGCUGAAGAUCGGCGAGGCGGGCGAGUUCGAUUACUCGGGCUCCCAGGCGAUCAAGGCGCUGAAGGAAGAGGGGAUCAAGACGGUCCUCAUCAACCCGAACAUCGCGACGAUCCAGACGUCCGAGACGCUGGCGGACGAGGUGUACUUCCUGCCGAUCACGCCGGAAUUCGUCGAGAAGAUCAUCAAGAAGGAGAAGCCGGACGGCCUGCUCCUGAGCUUCGGCGGGCAGACGGCGCUGAACUGCGGGCUCAAGCUCGACGAGAUGGGCGUGCUCGCGAAGCACAAGGUCGCGGUGCUCGGGACACAGAUCAAGACGAUCCGCGACACGGAAGACCGCGAGCUGUUCCGCAACCGCCUCGACGAGAUCGGCUGCAAGUCGCCCGUCUCCAAGGCGGUGGGCACGGUGGACGGCGCGCUCGCGUUCGCGGAGGAGCUGGGCUACCCGGUGAUGUGCCGCAUCGCGUUCGCGCUGGGCGGGCUGGGCUCGGGCGUCUGCAAGGACGAAGCGGAGCUCCGCGAUCUGGCGGGCCGGGCGCUGUCGUACACGAACCAGAUCCUCAUCGAGGAGUGCCUCACGGGGUGGAAGGAAAUCGAGUACGAGGUCGUCCGCGACAAGUACGACAACUGCAUCACCGUGUGCAACAUGGAGAACCUCGACCCGCUUGGCGUGCACACCGGCGAGUCGAUCGUCGUCGCGCCGUCGCAGACGCUCACCAACUCCGAGUACCACAAGCUCCGCGAGAUCGCGGUGCAGGUGAUCCGGCACUUGGGGAUCGUCGGCGAGUGCAACAUCCAGUACGCGCUGGACCCGGUCUCCGAGGACUACCGCAUCAUCGAGGUGAACGCCCGCCUCUCGCGUUCCUCCGCCCUCGCGUCCAAGGCGACGGGCUACCCGCUCGCGUUCGUCGCGGCCAAGCUCUCGCUCGGGCACGGGCUCCACCAGCUCCCGAACUCGAUCACGAAGGUCACCAGCGCGUUCUUCGAGCCGGCGCUGGACUACUGCGUGGUGAAGAUCCCGCGGUGGGACCUCAAGAAGUUCCGGCGCGUCAAGGCGCGCCUGGGCAGCGCGAUGAAGUCCGUCGGCGAGGUGAUGUCCAUCGGGCGGACCUUCGAGGAGGCGAUCCAGAAGGCGUUGCGCAUGCUCGAUACGGGCGCCCGCGGGCUCGUCGCGAACGACGGCUUCGAGUUCGACGACCUGGACAAGUCCAUCAGCGUCCCGACCGAGAACCGCCUCUUCGCGAUCGUCCGCGCGUUCCGCACCGGCUACACCGUCGAGCGGAUCCACGAGCUGUCGCGCAUCGACCCGUGGUUCCUCUCCAAGAUCAAGCGCGUCGUCGACCACGCCCGCCAGCUCGAGAAGGCGUCCAAGCCGCUCAGCGCCGAGCUGCUCACCGAGGCGAAGAAGCUCGGCUUCGUGGACAAGCAGAUCGCCAUCCUGACCGACCAGGACGAGCAGGCGGUCUACCUCCAGCGCGAGUCGCUCGGGCUCCACCCGUACGUCAAGCAGAUCGACACCCUCGCCGGCGAGUUCCCCGCCCAGACGAACUACCUCUACCUCACCUACAACGGCGUCGAGGACGACGUGGAGUUCCCCCUCGAGAACGCCGUCGUGCUGCUCGGCUCGGGCGUGUACCGCAUCGGGUGCUCCGUCGAGUUCGACUGGUGCUGCGUGAACGCGGGGCAGACCCUGCGCGAGCUGGGCUACCAGACGGUGAUGGUGAACUACAACCCCGAGACCGUCAGCACCGACUACGACGAGUUCGACCAGCUCUUCUUCGACGAGAUCAGCUUCGAGACCGUCCGCGAGAUCGCGCGGAAGGUCCAGCCCAAGGGCGUGUUCAUCAGCGCGGGCGGGCAGAUCGCGAACAACAUCGCGAUGAAGCUGCACAAGGCGGGGAUCAACAUCCUGGGCACGUCGCCCGAAUCCAUCGACAACGCCGAGAACCGCAACGCCUUCUCCGCGCUGCUCGACGAGCUGGGCGUGGACCAGCCGGCGUGGAGCGAGCUCUCGACCAUCGACGAAGCCCAGGGCUUCGCGAACCAGGUCGGCUACCCGGUGCUCAUCCGGCCGUCGUACGUCCUCUCCGGCGCGGCGAUGGCGGUGGCCUCCAACGACGAGCAGCUCUCCGGCUACCUCAAGGCCGCGGCGAAGGUCUCGCCGGAGCACCCGAUCGUCAUCAGCAAGUACCUCGCGAACGCGAAGGAGAUCGAGUUCGACGCGGUCGCCAAGGACGGGCAGAUCAUCGUCUACGCGAUCUCCGAGCACGUCGAGAACGCUGGCGUGCACUCGGGCGACGCGACGCUCGUCUUCCCGCCCCAGCGGACCUACCUCGAGACGAUCCGCCGCAUCCGCAAGAUCUCCAAGCGGAUCGCCGAGCGGCUUCGCAUCAACGGGCCGUUCAACAUCCAGUACAUCGCGAAGGACAACGCGGUGAUGGUGAUCGAGUGCAACCUCCGCGCGUCGCGCUCGUUCCCCUUCGUCUCGAAGAUCCUGAAGCAGAACUUCAUCGACAUCGCGACGCGCGUGACGAUGGGCGAGGACGCGCCGGUCAUCGACAAGAGCGUCUUCGAGCUCAACCACGUCGGCGUCAAGGCCCCGCAGUUCUCUUUCACCCGCCUCGAGGGCGCCGACCCCACGCUCGGCGUCGAGAUGGCUUCCACGGGCGAGGUCGGGUGCAUCGGCAACGACUUCGACGAGGCCUUUCUCAAGGCGCUCAUCUCCGUCGGCUUCAAGGUGCCGGUCAAGACCGUCCUGCUCUCGGUGGGCAACAUCAAGGACAAGGCGGAGAUGCUCACGCCCAUCAAGCUCAUCGAGAAGCUGGGCGUGAAGCUCUACGCGACGGAGGGCACGGCCGUCUUCCUCGCCGAGCACGGCGUGGCGGUCACACCGGUGAACUGGCCCAUGGACGGCGAGGCCCCCACCGCCGUCGACCACCUCAAGGCGGGCGAGAUCGACCUGGUCAUCAACAUCCCCAGGUCCGACAAGCAGGACGAGCUGACCAACGGCUACAUGAUCCGGCGUGCCGCGGCGGACUACGACGUCCCGCUCAUCACGAACCGGCAGAUCGCGGCGCGUCUCUGCGAAGCGCUGAGCCGGACGGACGUCUCGGAACUCGAGAUCAAGCCCUGGUCCGCGUACGAGACGACCACGCUCUGA